CCAUAUUUCCGAGAGCUCCUGAAUGCAGCAGCAGCAGCAGCAGCAGGCUGACUGGCUCUGUGAAGAUGGCGGACUGUAUACGUGUUCCUCUGCCCCUGCUCCUGCUUUUGAUGUGCAUCUUGUCGUCUUUGCAGCCAAUUGAAGGAGACAUCAACGUUGUCGCUAAACUCGCUGCGAAAUCCGAUAACUUACCGAACCCGGCCGGAGGUCCGGGGCCGGCUGCGGUGAACCCGGUAGCCGCUGAGAGGAACCCGGGGGCCGGGGCCUCGCUGCCUCGGCGGCGCUCUGCCGGCUGGAAGUUGGCUGAGGAGGCGGUGUGUAGGGAGGACCUGACCCGGCUUUGCCCCAAACACUCGUGGAACAACAACCUGGCGGUGUUGGAGUGUCUACAGGACAGAAAGGAGGAAACAGAGAUUGCCGCAGAAUGCAACCAUCUGCUGUGGAACUACAAGCUGAACCUGACCACCGACCCAAAGUUUGAGUCUGUAGCCGUGGAGGUCUGCAAGAACACCAUCUCAGAGAUCAAAGAAUGUGCGGCAGAGGAGUUGGGGAAAGGCUACCUGGUGUCCUGUCUGGUGGAUCACCGUGGAAACAUCAGCGACUACCAGUGCAACCAGUACAUCACCAAGAUGACCACCAUCGUCUUCAGCGACUACCGGCUGAUCUGCGGCUUCAUGGACAAGUGCAGAGAGGACAUCAACGCCCUGCGCUGCGGCAGCAUCAGCACCGGAGAGAAGGACAUCCACUCGCAGGGUGAGGUGAUCGCCUGUCUGGAGAAAGGUUUGGUGCGAGAGGCCGAGGAGCAGCCGGGGGCUCACCCCAUCAAAGACGAGUGUAAGAAGUCCAUCAUGAGAGUGGCAGAGCUCUCCUCAGACGACUUCCACCUGGACCGUUACCUGUACUUCGCCUGCCGCGAAGACCGAGAGCGCUUCUGUGAAAACACUCUGGCCGGAGAAGGACGAGUUUACAAAUGUCUCUUCAAUCACAAGUUUGAGGAAGCGAUGAAUGAAAGGUGCCGCGAGGCGUUGACCACUCGACAGAAACUCAUCGCUCAGGACUACAAGGUGAGCUACUCGCUGGCCAAAGCCUGCAAGUCCGACCUGAGGAAAUACCGCUGCAGCGCCGACUCCAACAUGCCGCGAGCCCGAGAAGCUCGUCUGUCGUACCUGCUGCUGUGUCUGGAGUCUGCAGUCCACAGAGGCCGCGUGGUGAACGGCGAGUGUCAGGGCGAAAUGAUGGAUUACAGGCGGAUGCUGAUGGAGGAUUUCUCUCUGAGUCCGGAGAUCGUGCUGCACUGCCGCAGCGAGAUCGAGGGUCACUGCUCCGGCCUUCACCGAAAAGGACGCACGCUGCACUGCCUGAUGAGGGUCGGACGAGGAGACAUGGGAGCCAUCGACCCCAACUGUCAGAAGGCGCUCCAGACUCUGAUCCAGGAAGCCGACCCCGGAGCAGACUACCGCAUCGACCGAGCGCUCAACGAGGCCUGUGAGUCAGUCAUCCAGACUGCCUGCAAACACAUCCGUAAUGGAGACCCCAUGAUCCUGUCGUGUCUGAUGGAGCAUCUGUACACGGAGAAGAUGGUGGAGGACUGUGAGCACAGGCUGCUGGAGCUGCAGUACUUCAUCGCCAGAGACUGGAAGUUGGAUCCCAUCUUGUAUAAAAAAUGUCAGGGGGACGCCGCUCACCUCUGCCACACUCCCGGCUGGAAUGUGACGAGCGAGAUGAUGCCGCCUGGCGCCAUUUUCUCCUGCCUGUACCGCCACGACUACCGCUCUGUGGAGCAGGGACGGAGGCUCCCCGAUGGAGCGUCUGAAGCAGAAACCAAGGGAGUGACUCUCUCCAGGGACUGUAAGGUGGAGGUGCAGCGGAUUCUCCACCAGAGGGCGCUGGACGUGAAGCUGGACCCUGAGCUGCAGAAGCGCUGCAUGACUGACCUGGGGAAGUGGUGCAGCGAGAAGACGGAGGCCGGCCAGGAGCUGGAGUGUCUGCAGGAUCACCUGGAGGAUCUGGUGUCCGACUGCAGAGACGUGGUGGGGAACCUGACGGAGAUGGAGUCAGAGGAUAUUCAGAUUGAGGCGCUGCUGAUGAGAGCCUGUGACCCCGUCAUCCAGGCCCACUGCCACGAGGUGGCUGAUAAUCAGAUCGACACCGGGGAUCUGAUGGAGUGUUUGGUUCAGAACAAACAUCAGAAGGAGAUGAACGAGAAGUGUGCGGUGGGAGUGACGAACUUCCAGCUGAUUCAGAUCAAGGAUUUCCGUUUCUCCUACAAGUUCAAGACGGCGUGUAAGGAGGACGUCCUCAAACUGUGUCCCAACAUCAAGAAGAAGGUCGACGUGGUGAUCUGCCUCAGCACCACGGUGAGGAACGACACCCUGCAGGAGGCCAAGGAGCAGCGCGUGUCCGUCAAGUGUCGCAAACAGCUGCGGGUGGAGGAGGUGGAGAUGUCGGAGGAUAUCCGCCUGCAGCCCGAGCUGUACGACUCCUGCAAGCAGGACAUCACCAGACUGUGUCAGAACAUCGCCUUUGGAAACACACAGGUAAUCGAGUGUCUGAAGGAGAACAAAUUUCAGAUGACUCAGCGCUGCCACCAGCGGAUCUUUAAGCUGCAGGAAAUGGAGAUGGUCGAUCCUGAGCUGGACUACCAGCUGAUGAGAGUCUGCAAGCACAUGAUCAGGCGUUUCUGCACGGAGUCGGAGGGAAAGAAUGUCCUUCCGUGUCUGAAACAGAACAAGAACAGCGAGCUGAUGGACCCCAAAUGUAAACAGAUGAUCACCAAGAGACAGAUCACCCAGAACACAGACUACAGGCUGAACCCAGUCCUCAGGAAGGCGUGUAAAGCUGACAUCCCCAAGUUCUGUCAGCCAAUCCUGAACAAGGCGACAGUGGACAGCGAGCUGGAGGGUCAGGUCAUCUCCUGCCUCAAACUGAAAUACGCCGACCAGCGUUUGUCUCCAGACUGCGAGGACCAGAUCCGGGUCAUCCUGCAGGAGUCGGCGCUCGACUACAGACUGGACCCUCAGCUGCAGCUGCACUGCACUGUAGAGAUUUCCGUGCUGUGUCCCGAGGAGGCGGUAGCUCAGGAGCUUACGGGGCAGGUGCAGGAGUGUCUGAAGGUGAACCUGCUGAAGAUUAAACAGGAAGGAUGCAAGAAGGAGGUGUUGAACAUGUUGAAGGAGAGUAAAGCGGACAUCUUCGUCGACCCUGUCCUCCACACGGCCUGCGCUCUGGACAUCAAACAUCAGUGUGCAGCCAUCCCACCUGGCAAGGGGCGCCAGAUGUCGUGUCUGAUGGAGGCGCUGCAGGACAAACGUGUUCGUCUGCAGCCGGAGUGCAAGAAGAGACUUCAGGAUCGCAUCGACAUGUGGAGCUACGCUGCCAAGGUGGCUCCUGUUGAGGGUUUCUCAGACCCCGCCAUGCAGGUGAUGACAUCACCAUCCAAGAACUACAUCCUGACUGUGAUUGGUGUGGGCGUGGCGGUGCUCCUCCUGAUGGGGCUCCAUGCUGCAGAAGCUCUCCGCCGACCUGCCGGUGUUGGACAUCAGUCCGUUCUCGGUGAACGGCGAGCACUACUUGGCCUCGCUCACGGAGAAGAUGCUGAAGCUCUACAAGUGGGAGUGAAGGAGAAGGACUCAUCUCUCUCUCAUCUUCAAACCAGAGACUCGGAACAAAAACAUGGCUCCGCGGUCUGAGAGCACGAGGAGAAGAAAGAGGGUCGGUGUGGAGCCGAGGGAAAUCAAAUGCUGCUCAACUUUUAUUGCAUCAGAAACGCAAAAAAGCAAAAACUGAUGAAGAAGAGUGACGCUUGAAGAACAACUUCCGUUUUUUUAUACUGAUUUUUGAGGCCUUUAUCGGAUAGGACGUCUGAAGAGAGACAGGAAGUGUUAGGAGGAGAGAGUGAGGAACGACAUGCAGCUAAGGGCUGAGGUCGGAUUCUAACCUUCCGUCCGCUGUGACGAGGACUACAGCCUCCGUACACAGGACAUAACCACUAAUCCAUCCGGUGCCCCAGUUGUGGUUUUGUGAACAGAGACAUGAGCUGGCGUUCAGCACAUCGGUCCCCUCCAGUCAUACGAUUGUCAUAAUGUAAGCCUCGCAACAUUUCAGAAAGGUUUCUCUACAUAGAAAGACGUUUUGUUCAAGAGAUUUUAUUCAAACAGAAACUGCAGUCACGUCUCUGUUCAAAGCCAACAGACUCCAUUGACUAAAACGGCAGCACACGAGAUGUUUGUUGACCUCUACCUCCGUCAGUGAGCUCGCUCAUUUAUCGUCUGUUACACAAAUGUUUUUAAUGGAUCUGAACGAGGUAUUUAAAAAGGUGUAAAUCAGACGAUGACACAAACAAACUAAGCAGUUGAGUUAGGCCCGUGUCCACCUGGCGUUUCUUUCUGAGCGCCAGUGUCUUCUUUCAAUGGUUCCAUUGAGUAGAGAGCGUUUGCAGCAGAAAGCGGCUGACCAGACAGAGCGCAGCACACAGCGUCUUUUUUUCCCGACCGCUCUGCCUUUUUUCGUGCAGCCACUCGAAGCGCUCAAGUUGAUAAACUUUAAACUUUUCAGAAAGGCGCUGUUGAAGUCUUGGGCGCUCUUUUCCAAAUAUUUGAUAAUCCCCGAAGUUUUGUCUCCUACUGAUCGUGUCUUGUACUCACAUCCUCCUCGCUCCGUGUCUGAUCGGGAAAUAAAUGAUCUUAAAAUAUAAAGCAUGCAGUAAAAAGUAACGGAGCAGUAUUGGUCAUACAGCGGCUGUUGUCGACAGACUGUUGUCAUGGAGACAGGACGCACGUGCAGCACUUUUAUUCUCAGCGCACAAACGCUUCAUGUAAGAGCUCCUGAGCGCACAGCCAGCGCUUAUCUUCCCCAGAAAAAAUGGCUAGGUGGUAAAAGUAAAAUACUGUAAAACCUCAAAUAAAAGCUCAUCAUGAUUUAAGGCGCAGUCGCUUUUUUGAUAAAUAAAUUCAGCUCUCGGUUAGAGGUCACGGUGCAAUGAAGGUUUUUUAAUUUUCAGAUCAAAAAGGAUAUUUCUCUCCCUCUCUCUCCCCCUCACCGUGCAUCAGGUUAUGAUGAAGGGGCUGUGAUACAAAGAAGAUUUAAAUAUUCUUUCUGGUGUAAGUAGUCUUCCCCGUCUUUGCCCUGCACCCGUAUUGUUUGAAGGCGCGUCUUGUUUUGACGACUAAAUGAAAGGCCGGCUCCUCUUUUCAUAGACUGAAGGAAAUAAAAGCCGGCGCUGUUAACUGGAGUUUGACGGUAACCGUUUCUAUCACUGGAGUUUGUUGGCUUUGAGAUCCAUGUUUUAUGCUUUGGUUAUUCUUCUGAACGUGUCUUUGUUUUAAUUCAUAUAAUUUUAACCUCUCCUCCCUCUGAACCCUGAAACAUUAAGUGCCAAAAGAAACCGUUCUGUACUGACUGUAUAUUUCACUCUCCUUGUUCUCGUUCUCAAGGAAGUUGUAUAUAUGUGUAUAUUUGCUACCAGCUGUUUGUGUACGACCUCAAAGUUAAUAAAAAUUAUGUUAUUUUUACCUAAACGCUUCUCGAGUGGA